CCCAGACAGACUGUUGGUUACAGCCAACAUCUCUCUUUGAGCAUCCUCACCGAAUUCGAAGACCAAAAGGAGGAAAAAGAAUCGAAACACUUCGCCUUCAAGCAACGUGAAUAGUCCGGACUCCGGACCCUGCAUCACAGAAAACACCUUCAAAUUCUUUGAAACAAUUCGAUAUUGAAGUCUACGAGAAGCUAACUAAGAGUUACGGACAUGGAAAGCUCGGAGGAGAAGGUGGUAGCAGUGAUCAUGGUGGGCGGACCCACCAAAGGGACUAGAUUUCGGCCUCUUUCAUUCAAUACUCCGAAGCCUCUAUUCCCUUUGGCUGGGCAGCCAAUGGUUCACCAUCCCAUUUCAGCUUGUAAAAGGAUACCCAAUUUGGCCCAGAUUUUUUUGAUUGGAUUUUACGAGGAGCGGGAAUUUGCGUUAUAUGUGUCUUCGAUAUCCAAUGAGCUGAAAGUACCAGUGAGGUACUUGAAAGAGGACAAACCGCAUGGUUCGGCUGGUGGCCUUUACUACUUCAGAGAUAUGAUUAUGGAAGACUGCCCGUCACAUAUCUUUCUGCUGAAUUGUGAUGUUUGCUGCAAUUUUCCACUGCCUGACAUGCUUGAGACCCAUAGAAGAUUUGGUGGAAUGGGAACAAUGUUAGUCAUCAAGGUUUCUGCUGAAUCAGCGCAUCAGUUUGGUGAAUUGGUUGCUGAUCCAAUCACCAAAGAGCUGUUGCACUACACCGAGAAACCAGAGACAUUUGUGAGUGAUUUGAUAAACUGUGGUGUCUACGUCUUUACACGCGGCAUUUUUAGUGUCAUUGAAGGUGUCUCCACUCACAGGGAAGACAGAGCUAAUCUACAUGCCACGUCCAGCUUUGAAUCCCUCCAAUAUGUGACAAGAACCCUUCCUACAGGAUUUGUAAGACUGGACCAAGAUAUUUUGUCACCACUUGCUGGAAAGAAGCAAUUGUAUACAUAUGAGACCAUGGAUUUUUGGGAACAGAUAAAAACUCCAGGAAUGUCUUUAAAAUGUUCGGGUUUGUAUCUUGCCCAAUUUCGAUUAACCUCCCCCCAUCUUUUGGCUAGUGGAGAUGGUACUAAAAGUGCUACAGUCAUUGGUGAUGUUUAUGUUCAUCCAUCUGCCAAAGUUCAUCCAACUGCGAAGAUUGGUUCCAAUGUAUCCAUUUCAGCAAAUGUUCGUGUAGGUGCAGGCGUAAGGCUUAUAAGUUGCAUCAUCUUGGAUGACGUUGAAAUUAAGGAAAAUACAGUUAUCAUAAAUUCUAUAGUUGGAUGGAAGUCAUCUCUUGGCAAAUGGUCACGUGUCCAGGCUGAUGGAGACUACAAUGCAAAGCUCGGAAUCACGAUCCUUGGUGAAGCAGUGACAGUGGAGGAUGAAGUUGUGGUGAUAAACAGCAUUGUUCUGCCAAAUAAGACUCUUAAUGUUAGUGUACAGGAGGAGAUCAUUUUAUGAUAGAUUCCACAAUGCCUCCUACUUUUGUUUUGUUUUGUUUUUUUUUUUUUUUACUCUUGUUUUCACAGUGAAACUGUAUAAUUGAGCUACAGGAACAAGUAGACAACAUUUUUUGCCAGCCAUGUUAAUUGAGAUGUCAGCUGAUUGCUCAUUUUUAGACUUGAUAAUUAUUUUGAAUAAGAGAGAGUUCUCUGAUUUUUCUGCCAA